CUGCGCUCAGAUUUUCUCCUCUUCUUCUGACUUAGCUCCAGAUAUACGAGACUGCCGAUGGAAAUGACGAAGAUCAAAUACCUCCUGACAGAAUUUCUCUGAUCAAUGGAUUCUGCUUGUACGUAUAUGUACGAGUUUCCUUGGGUCACAAAGAGAGCGGUGUUAGCGAGCGAGAUAGCCCAGAAAAUAAACGACGUGAGGGCCUGUAUCAGUAAUGCUCUCUCCCGUUUCGCUACAGCAGCAACAACCUUGAACCUCCUUCAUACGAUUCAAGUAUCAAUUGAAUGUGAACUCUCGAAACUCCCAAAAGCGAAUGCCGAAUACUACGUUAAAAGCAAACCAGAAUGUCAACCACACGCAACAAAAUCCGGAAUUCAAUCUGAUGGAACCCAAGAAUCGAUUUGUCUAGUUACGUGGUUCUGGAACAGGGAAGACCGCGGUAUUGCUUCCACCUUAAAAGCCGCGGUGCUUUGGCGGCGCCGUUCUUUUGGGAUAAGAAUCGAAAAGGCACUGGACUGGACUCCAUUGAACGCUUUGGAGAGUGUUACGGGUUCCGUUCCAGAGAGGCAGAUGAAGGUUUGGGUCAUUGACCCCAUGCGUGAACUCAAGGAUGUGUUGUCUUCAGGGAAGCAUCGCUCCGUCAUCGUCUUGGAUGGGCUCCAUGAAUGUGGUGAUCUAGAGGUACUUGAAUCAUUGGUGAAGCUCGUACUUAUGCUCCCACCAAUGUUCACCGUACUGGUUAGCUGUAGUCCUGAGAGGCUGGUGGUUUCGGCUUGGGGCGAAUCUUAGGAUCAGAGUCUCAAUGCAUCGUAGUGGAAACCACCAGAGAAAGAUCUCAACGCUUUUGCUUUUGCUUGUCGUGGAUUACCCAUCGUGGCCUCGAUCCGAAUUUAGGAUGUCCAG